UUAGAAAAAGAUUAAGAAAUAAGCAAAGAAAUUUACCAAAAACAAAUUACAAUUGCUUUUGUUUAUAUAAAAGAUAAGCGCUAUUUAAUUUUUGCAUUUUUUUAUAAAAUAACUAUCAAAAAACAUAGAAUUAUUAGAAACAAAACAAAAUUCAAAAUUGUAAAAUAAAUGCCCCAGAUUGCUAAGUAUAGAUUAAUAAAUACCCAAAGCUCUCAAUAGUAACAUGAAAUUAGCCCAUCUAAGGUAAAAAUAAUUCAAAAGACUAAGAAGAAAUAUGAAAAAAUAUGCUCUUACAAAGUUAUAUAGCUAUAAAAAUGUGACAAAAAUAUGAAUGAUCAAAACUAUUAAUAAUAUAUAAAUAAAUUUGUUAAAAAAAAAGAUAUAAAAUAGGUUUCAACCCCACAUUCACAUUUAGAACUAAAAUAAGCCUUUAAUAAUGAAGAUGUGAAGAAAGAAGUGAUAGAUUUCUUAUAAAAAUCUAAAAAUAACUUCUAUAAAAAUAUUCUCUACGCUUUUUCAAAUCACAUACUUUACUAAACCACAGAAACUCAAAGACAGAAUUAUGAGUAACUAACUUAAGAUAGCUGGUCAUUUAACCACAUAAAACUUAGAGUUUAAUAAAACCUUUAAAAUUGUAGUAGAUUUAGUUUAAAAGUUAGGAAUUUGUUAUAAAAUUCUAACUUAUCUAAGGUUUUUAUAUAAUUUUUAAAGAAUAGUGAUUCAAUAUGGCUCGACUAAUCUAAAAUAAAAAAUAAAGACUCGUAUAAAAAGUAAAUUAAAAUGAUUUUAGACGCCUACAAUCAGAAUGUCCUUAUUUAAAAUAUUUCUUUUUACAAAAAAUAAAAAAAGAUAAUAAAUGAAUCAUAUUAAAAAGAAUGA